GUGACCGCGACUUUUCAAAGCCGGGCUGCACGCGCGAGCCGACAAGUAAGAGUGCGGGCGGCAUCUUAACCCUACGCUCCCUGGAGCGAGCUGGUGAGGAGGGCGCCGGGGGGAAGACAGGCAGCGGGUGCGCGAACUCUUCUUAGAGAAACUUUCCCCGCCAAAGGCCCCGGGAGACGCGGGUGUUCCCCGCUUUGCCACAGCACUGUUGCGGCCCCGAAACUUCUGCGCGCAGCCCAAACUAACCCCACGUGAAGUGACGGACUGUUCUAUGACUGCAAAGAUGGAAACGACCUUCUACGACGAUGCCCUGAACGCCUCGUUCCUCCAGUCCGAGAGCGGCGCCUAUGGCUAUAGUAACCCCAAGAUCCUGAAACAGAGCAUGACCCUGAACUUGGCGGAUCCCGUGGGCAGCCUGAAGCCGCACCUCCGCGCCAAGAACUCGGACCUGCUCACCUCUCCCGACGUGGGGCUUCUCAAGCUGGCGUCGCCCGAGCUGGAGCGCCUGAUAAUCCAGUCCAGCAAUGGGCACAUCACCACCACGCCGACCCCCACCCAGUUCCUGUGCCCCAAGAACGUGACGGACGAGCAGGAGGGCUUUGCCGAGGGCUUUGUGCGCGCCCUGGCCGAACUGCAUAGCCAGAACACUCUGCCCAGCGUUACGUCUGCGGCGCAGCCGGUCAGCGGGGCGGGCAUGGUGGCUCCCGCGGUGGCCUCGGUGGCGGGAGGCAGCGGCAGCGGCGGCUUCAGCGCCAGCCUGCACAGCGAGCCUCCGGUCUACGCCAACCUCAGCAACUUCAAUCCGGGCGCGCUGAGCAGCGGCGGCGGGGCGCCCUCCUACGGCACGGCCGGCCUGGCCUUUCCCGCGCAGCCCCAGCAGCAGCAGCAGGCGCCGCAGCCGCCGCACCACCUGCCCCAGCAGAUGCCUGUGCAGCACCCGCGGCUGCAGGCGCUGAAGGAGGAGCCGCAGACGGUGCCCGAGAUGCCGGGCGAGACGCCGCCCCUGUCCCCCAUCGACAUGGAGUCCCAAGAGCGGAUCAAGGCAGAGAGAAAGCGCAUGAGGAACCGCAUCGCCGCCUCCAAGUGCCGGAAAAGGAAGCUGGAGAGGAUCGCCCGUCUGGAGGAAAAGGUGAAAACCUUGAAAGCGCAGAACUCGGAGCUGGCGUCCACGGCCAACAUGCUCAGGGAACAGGUGGCACAGCUUAAACAGAAAGUCAUGAACCACGUUAACAGUGGGUGCCAACUCAUGCUAACGCAGCAGUUGCAAACGUUUUGAGGGGAGACUGUCGGGGGCUGAGGGGUAACGGAGAAAAAAAAAUGAGAGACAGACUUGAGAACUUGACAAGUUGCGUGCGACAGAGAGAAAAAAGGAGUGUCCGCGAGAACUAAAGCCAAGGGUAUCCAAGUUGGACUGGGUUGCGUCCUGACGGCGCCCCCAGUGUGCACGAGAGGGAAGGACUUGGCGCGCCCUCCUUUGGCGAGGAGCCAGGGAGCAGCCGCCUGCGGGCUGCCCCGCUUUGCGGACGGGCUGUCCCCGCGCGAACAGAACGUUAGACUUUUCUUUAACAUUGACCAAGAACUGCAUGGACCUAAUAUUCGAUCUCAUUCAGUAUUACAAGGGGGGAGGGGAGGGGAGGUACAAACUGCGAUUUUGUAGAUCGCUUCUGUAGUACUCCUUAAGAACACAAAGCGGGGGGUGGGGGGGUGGGCUGGGCUGGGCUGGGCCGGGGAGGGGGAGGGAGGUUUGUGAGAGUGAGGCUGAGCCUGCAGAUGAACUCUUUCUGGCCUGCCUCCGUUAACUGUGUAUGUACAUAUAUAUAUUUUUUAAUUUGAUGAAAGCUGAUGACUGUCAAUAAACAGCUUCACGCCUUUGUAAGUUACUUCAUGUUUGUUUGUUUGGGUGUCCUGCCCAGUGUUGUUUGUAAAUAAGAGAUUCGGAGCACUCUGAGUUUACCAUUUGUAAUAAAAUAUAUAAUUUUUUUUAUGUUUUGUUUCUGAAAAUUCCAGAAAGGAGAUAUUUAAGAAAAUACAAUAAAAUAUUGAAAAGUACCCCCCAACCUCUUUUCUGCAUCCUGUAUAGAUAAUAGAUAUCUAGGAGAAGCUGAAAGAGUUAAGAGUGCCAAUUAACAACACUAUCAGUGCUUCUUACUAUCAAACAGUGAAAACUAUUCCUUAUUAAACUUCAGAAAGAAAGGUCCCUGAUGCUAUCAUCAGGUUACACUUUCUCUCCCCCAAAUGUCUGUAUAGAAUUGCUUACCAAAGUGUAGUGUGGUGUUUCAGGAGGCUGGAGGAAGGGGGGUUACAGUGCAGCCCACCGGGAAAUCAAACAUGAAAAGUUUGUAUCAAGUGGCAUGUGCUGUGACCAUUUAUAAUGUUAGUAGAAAUGUAACAAUAGAUGCUUAAUCUCAAAGCAGGAACUGGUGGCAGAUUAAACAAAAGAUGUACCCUUCAGUUUUGGAAUCUUCUCUUUAACAAUUCCUAGAUAAAAAAGAUGGCCUUUGCUUAUGAAUAUUUAUAACAGCAUUCUUGUCACAAUAAAUGUAUUCAAAUACC